AUGAUGAAAAGCGGCGAGAAAAGAGAAGAAAUCAUUACAUUGGCCAUCGACAGAGACAAAGAGAGUCAGAACGCAUUGAAAUGGACAGUAGACAACCUUGUUAGCAAAGGCCAGACUCUUACUCUUCUUCACGUCAAACUCAAACAGUUCCCUUCUCUUCCCUAUUCAGUGUCUUACCCGAAUAGGUCAGGCGAUGACGGGACAGAAUUGUUUCUUCCAUUCCGCUGCUAUUGUGCUAGAAAAGACGUCCUCUGCCAAGACGUGAUUGUGGAGGACAUAAGUGCGGCUAAAGGAAUACUUGAUUAUGUUCAAAAGAAUGCAAUUGAGACUCUAGUACUCUGUGCAUCAAAAAUGAAUCUUUUAAGGUUCAAAGCAGCGGAUGUUUCAAACACCGUCAUGAAAAGGGCACCGAGUUUCUGUACAGUAUAUGCAAUCUCUAAAGGAAAAAUCUCCUCCAUGAAGUCUGCAACAUCUUCACUUCCCAACUCCACUAUGCGGAGCAAUAUGAAUGUUGAAAGGAGGCAACAUACAAUGCAUAGAAUACAUGACGAGAUCCAGAUCGAGAUCAAGUCUCCCUUUAUGAGAAGAGGAUACGAAGGCAGAUACCAGCCCUCAAUGACAGACUCUGACAUAUCAUUUGUGAGUAGUGGAAGACCAAGCGUGGAUCUUAUGUUCCCUUCCUUUGGUGACCAUGUUGAUGUUCCCCGCCUCUCAGUCAACUCUGAUUAUGAAGAAAAUCGUAUUAGUUUUGCGACCUCAUCAUCCUCUUCGGAUAAGCAGUCCAUCGAUCUUGGCUCUUCAUAUACAGCCUUCUCUUCAAGCUCCGGGAGACCUUCGUGUUCCCUAUCUACCCAAGAUGAGAUUGAAGCCGAGAUGAGAAGGCUGAAAAUGGAGCUAAAGCAUACAAUGGACAUGUAUAACAGUGCAUGCAAGGAAGCAAUCUCUGCUAAGAAGGCGGCUACUGAGUUACACAAGUGGAAAGCAGAUAAAGAACGUAAACUCGAAGAGGUAAGACUUUCGAAGGAAGAAGCAAUGGCAAUGGCUGAGAGUGAGAAAGAAAAGAGCAGAGCAGCCAUUGAAACUGCAGUAGCAGCUCACAGAAUAGCAGAACUUGAAGCUCAAAAAACAAAGCAUAUUAUUGAGGAAAAUAACAAGUCUGUAGUGAAAACAACUGAUUUGAGGUACAGAAAAUAUAUAAUUGAGGAGAUUGAAGAAGCCACUGAAGAUUUCUCACCGAGUCGAAAGAUUGGAGAAGGAGGCUAUGGUCCUGUUUACAAGGGAGCACUGGAUUUUACUCAAGUGGCGAUAAAAGUACUAAGACCAGACGCAGCACAGGGAAGGUCUCAGUUCCAGCAAGAGGUUGAAGUGUUAACCUCUAUGAGACAUCCAAACAUGGUUCUCCUACUUGGAGCCUGUCCGGAAUACGGAUGUUUAGUCUAUGAAUACAUGGCAAACGGUAGCUUAGACGACUGUCUUUUCAGACGAGGAAACUCUCCAGCCCUUUCUUGGCAGCUAAGAUUUCGCAUAGCAGCUGAAAUCGCAACCGGUCUUCAUUUCCUCCACCAGAUGAAACCGGAGCCUCUGGUUCACCGUGACCUUAAACCAGGAAACAUUUUGCUUGACCAGCAUUACGUCAGCAAGAUCUCUGAUGUUGGCUUGGCCAGGCUAGUCCCUCCAUCGGUUGCUGACACUGCAACUCAAUAUAGAAUGACGUCAACAGCUGGAACAUUCUGUUACAUUGAUCCAGAAUACCAGAAGACCGGCAUGUUGGGGACUAAAUCAGACAUUUACUCGUUUGGGAUUAUGCUUUUGCAAAUACUUACAGCUAAGCCACCAAUGGGUUUGACUUAUCACGUCGAGAGAGCAAUCGAAAACGGUACUUUCGCUGAGAUGUUAGACCCUUCUGUGCCUGACUGGCCAUUCGAAGAGGCCUUGGUUGCCGCCAAACUUGCUGUGCAGUGUGCUGAGUUAAGACGCAAAGACAGACCUGACUUGGGGAAUGUUGUUUUGCCUGAGCUUAACAGGCUCAGGACACUAGCUGAAGAAAGCAUGCUGCCCACUAACAUUGGCGGAAGCAAAAGACCUACUAGGAACCGGAAUAAUAAUAUCUACAUCCAAAGUCCAUUGUCCACGACUUCACUACAUGAAAUUAUGAGUGGUCCACAGCUACAUUAUGCAUCUGAUACCCCAAGUAUCCACAAAAAAAUUGCAUCUUGA